UCAGGAUCUAUGCCUGAGGUGGAUCAGCUAGGAGGGGCUCCUCGCAGCAUAAAGGGAAGCACUUUUCACACUCUGUUUCGGAAUGAGAAGUUCAAUUCAUGAGCACACAUGAUUUAGAAGACAUGGGCUGUGGGACUUCCUCGUCAACGAAAGAGAGGAAAUCUGAGAAAGCGCUAAAAGCCGCGUUGGUCAUCCAGAACUGGUACCGCGGUUACAGUGCUCGGUUGAAGGCCAGACAACGCUAUGCCCUCACCAUCUUCCAGUCCAUCGAAUAUGCUGAUGAACAAGGCCAAUUGCAGCUAUCCAACUUCUUUUCCUUCAUGUUGGAAAACUACACACAAAUACACGAAAAAGACCCAGAAUUACUUGCUCGACUUUUUGGUGGAACCCUCCAGGACUCCAAGGACAGGCAGGAGUAUGUCUCCUUCGUAGAGGUCCCAGACUCCUAUAAUGGUCCUCGGCUGCAAUUUCCUCUCACUUUUACUGAUAUUGAUUUACUUGUUGAGGCCUUCAGGCAACAACAGAUUCUUCACCCGCAUUAUGUCCUAGAGGUGCUCUUUGAAACAAAAAGAGUCCUGAAGCAAAUGCCGAACUUCACUCAAGUCAAAACUUCUCCCACCAAAGAGAUAACAAUCUGUGGUGAUUUGCAUGGGAAACUGGAUGAUCUUUUUUUGAUCUUCUAUAAGAAUGGUCUCCCCUCAGGGAGCAACUCAUAUAUUUUUAAUGGUGAUUUUGUAGAUCGAGGAAAACAUUCCAUGGAGAUCCUAAUGAUCCUGUUUGUGAGUUUUCUUGUCUACCCCAAUGACCUGCACUUGAACAGAGGGAACCAUGAAGAUUUUAUGAUGAAUCUGAGGUAUGGCUUCACAAAAGAAAUUUUGCAUAAAUAUAAGAUACAUGGAAAGAAAAUCUUACAAAUCUUAGAAGAUGUCUAUACCUGGCUCCCAAUUGGUACAAUCAUUGACAAUGAAAUCCUGGUCAUACAUGGUGGGAUAUCAGAGUCCACAGACUUGAAUUUGCUCCACCGUAUAGAAAGACACAAAAUGAAAUCUGUGCUGAUGCCACCAAUUUCCGUAGAUGAAGACCAUGAUACUGACUUGAAGAAAACUAAGACAGGUGCAAAUGUUACAAAUGAAUCCCCUUCCGAACAGUUACCAAAGCAUGAAUGGGAACAGGUUGUCGAUAUUCUGUGGAGUGAUCCCAGAGGCAAAAGAGGCUGUUACCCAAACACAAGUCGCGGAGGAGGCUGUUAUUUCGGACCAGAUAUCACCUCCAAGAUUCUUAAUAAGUUUCAGUUGAAGAUGCUGAUCAGGUCUCAUGAAUGUAAGCCCGAAGGGUAUGAAAUCUGCCAUGACGGGAAGGUUGUUACGGUAUUUUCUGCUUCUAAUUAUUAUGAAGAAGGCAGCAAUCGAGGAGCUUACAUCAAACUGUGUUGUGAUAUGACCCCUCGAUUUUUCCAGUACCAAGUAACUAGGGCAACGUGCUCGAGGCCUCUCUACGAAAGGGUGAAUACUAUGGAAAGUAGUGCCAUCAGGAUAUUGAAAGAGAGAAUGCUUUCACGAAAAACUGACCUCAUUCGUGCUUUCCAACUUCAAGACCGCAGUAAAUCAGGAAAACUUUCUAUGGGCCAGUGGGCCUUCUCCAUGGAGAACACUUUGGGGCUGAACUUACCAUGGAGAUCCCUGAGUCCACAUCUGGUAACCACAGACAAAAAUGGAAAUAUUAACUACAUGUCCACCUUCCAGGAUAUCCACAUUCAGAAACCUGUGAAAGAGGCUCAGUCUACUCUAGUUGAAACUCUGUACAGAUACCGCUCUGACCUGCAAAUCAUCUUCAAUGUCAUUGACUCUGAUCACUCAGGCCUGAUUUCCAUGGAAGAAUUUCGUGCCAUGUGGAAACUCUUCAAUAGUCACUACAGCAUUCACAUUGAGGAUUUUCAAGUUGAUGAGCUCGCUGAAAGAAUGGACUUAAACAAAGAUGGAAGCAUUGACUUUAAUGAGUUUCUAAAGGCUUUCUAUGUAGUGCAUAAGUUGGAGAAGUUGAACAAAUCAGAUGGCCACCCUCCUUAACAAGAACGAGGGCUUUCCCUCCUUGUAAACUCUUGGGCCCAAAUCACUGGCACCAUCUUUGCAGAACCCUUGUAAUUCAUAAUCAGUAGUAGAGAAGAGUAGACCCCCCCCCAUUCAUGCCACAAGCAGAUGUAUAGUAUGGGGUUUGAAGUCCCCACGAAGUGGUAAUUGGUAAACUAGGUUAAAUGUCAGGUGAUAGGAUUUGGCUCCAGUGUUAGGACUCAUACAUUGCCAGGUAGAAACUGGGUUUGAGCCUAGUGUUGGCCUCUUGGACCAGGAGACCAGAGCAGUUUGGAAACAUGUUGAAAGGAACCCACAGAGCACCAGAAAAAAGUGCAACAUGUGUGAGUGACUGAGGGAUGGGAGGAGGCAUACCAAACUAUUAAUGGAAUAAAAUAUGUCCAUCUUUAAACUGAA